AACCUAGUUGUCACAGAAACGGUAAACAUGGUCUUGGACAUAUACCACAUAAACACAAGUUUGUCAGCGCGAUUCAUCUGACAGUCCAGACUGAAACCGUACUGCAAUUAGUUAUGAAAAGCGGUUACAUUUGUUAUCCGAUUAUAAAGUUGUAGUUCAUUUCGACAACAUGAUUCCUCCGGCCGAUUCUUUGUUGAAAUAUGACAACCCAGUCCUUGUCAGCAGAAAUACAGAGAAGAAAUCACCAAAGUCUCGACCUUUGAAAGUGAGCCCUCAGCAACCAGUGGUAACAGGUCCAGUCCCCCCACCUCCCAAAUCAAAGACAACUUCAAUUGAUGUUAACAAAGAACAGACUGAGGAAAUCCUUAAUGCAAUCCUACCUCCCAGAGAAUGGAUGGAAAGCAACCAGCUGUGGGUGCAACAGGUAGCUAGUACCCCUUGCACUCGCAUGGAUGUGGUUCACCUACAGGAACAGCUGGAUCUGAAACUGCAGCAAAGACAGGCUCGCGAGACAGGAAUCUGCCCUGUGCGCAGGGAGCUCUAUUCACAGUGCUUUGAUGAACUUAUCAGACAGGUCACCAUUAACUGUGCAGAGCGCGGGCUGCUUCUGCUGAGAGUGCGAGAUGAGAUACGCAUGACUAUUGCUGCCUACCAGACUCUGUAUGAAAGCAGUGUGGCGUUUGGUAUGAGGAAAGCUCUGCAGGCUGAACAAGGGAAAUCUGACAUGGAGAAAAAGAUUUCCGACAUGGAAAAUGAGAAGAGGGACUUUGAGAGGCAACUGAAUGAGCAGAAAGCAAAGUGUGAAGCUAUUGAGAAACGUGAGGCUGAGAGAAGACAGGUGGAGGAGAAGAAACACACUGAGGAAAUCCAGUUCCUCAAACGAACUAACCAGCAACUCAAGGCACAACUGGAAGGUAUUAUUGCUCCGAAGAAAUAAGUGGACCAGAAAAUCUUACAUUUAUUGUUUCCACUAUGUAAUACUGUUGUUUAUUAAAUUCUUAUAUAAAAUA